AUGGUGUUUCAGAACGCCACCUACAAUAUCCUCGUCGUGAUCUGGCUCAUGGAGACUUACCCUCGUCAUCCGCUUUUCGUCUUCGUGAACCCCACACGUGAUAUGAUCAUCAAAGACCAACACUUUUUUGUUAAUCCAUCGGGAUUGGUUUCCUUCCCUUACCUGCAAAAUUGGGUUUAUCCAAGCUCUAACCUGGUUGAAUUAGCUCCGAAGUCUAUACAACCAACGAUUCCACCAAGGUCUUAUCCGCCAUCACCAUAUGGGAAUGCCUCCGGCAGUGGAAGGAUUCUGUCAUCGUCUCCCCCACAGCGGUUAGGAUCAACCACGGAGGAUCCAUGCGAGGUUUUCAAGCGGAAUGCCAUCAAUAAACUGGUGGUAACUGUUCAUGUUGAUGUUGAAGCAUUGAGGAAGAACAGGGAGGUUGAAAUGGAAGGGAUGUUUAUUGCUGAAGCGGUGUUGAGGCAGAGAGAAGAAGAUGUUUUGAAAGGUUUAAGAGAGAUGAAAUACGAAAAGGAAGCUUUAGAGCAGCAGUUACAAAUGGUUUUGAUGAAUACAGACAUGUUAGAAGGGUGUGUGAGAGAGAAUGAAGGAAAAUUGGGGGGAAAUACAACAAAUGUUAAUGACGAUGAAGCUUUUGAGCCAUCAGAUCCUUUAUCAAAACAGAUGCUUGAGUCAACUUCAUAUGAUCUUGCUAUAGAAUAUGUGAUGGGUUUGAGCCAUAAGAACUUUCCUAUGUGCACAUGCAAACCCUAA